UACCAGAUCAGGGGGAAAUCACGUGACUUAUCUUGCUCUGCUGCAUUUGCCAAGUGUGUGUGUGUUUAAAAUAAAAAGGGCCCGAGGAUGCACUGUGCAAAUGCAGCAUCUGGGGCGGUGCAAUUGCACCUAUGCCCACAGCUGCUGUUGCCAGGAGACUAGUAGAGUAGCAAGCUUGGAGCGGGAGGAGGCGAGGCAGAAGGGAGUGGGCUGCCGAGGCUGGAGCAAGAGCAGCAGCAGCAGCAGCAGCGGGGAGCUCUGGGUAGGGAGUGUUCUGUUUGCUGCUGCAACGCUAAGCUCUGCUGCUGCUGUUGCUUUAGGAGCGAGAGGAAGCAGCUCCGCGGAGGGAAGGAGGGGAGCCGACUGCAGCCAUGCUGAAUCACAGGCGCUGACUGAUUCGCCCAGCUCUCUGCGCCCCGAUCAAGGAGGACAACGGUGGGAGACGCGGCGGCGUUGCCCGAGGCCAGGAGACGAGGGUGCAUGCAGAGUUCAAGCUCCACUCCGGCUGCGCACAAUGGACGACGAGAGCAUCAAGAGAUCCCCCCAACCACUUGAGGAAGAUGAAGAUAAAGACCAGCGAACAGUGACCAUCAACCCUUGUCACAUGGGAAAGGCAUUCAAAGUCAUGAAUGAACUAAGGAGCAAACAGCUUCUCUGUGAUGUGGUGAUUGUUGCAGAAGAUGUUGAGAUCGAAGCCCAUCGUAUUGUCCUGGCAGCCUGCAGUCCGUAUUUCUGUGCAAUGUUUACAGGAGAUAUGACUGAAAGCAAAGCAAAGAAGAUUGAGAUCAAAGAUGUUGAUGGACUAACCUUAAGUAAGCUGAUUGAUUACAUCUACACGGCUGAGAUAGAGGUCACAGAAGAAAAUGUUCAGGUUUUGUUGCCAGCAGCCAGCCUAUUACAGCUAAUGGAUGUUCGACAAAACUGUUGUGACUUUCUUCAAUCUCAGCUCCAUCCCACAAAUUGCCUUGGUAUUCGCGCCUUUGCAGAUGUGCAUACUUGCACUGAACUAUUGCAACAGGCCAACGCCUAUGCAGAGCAGCAUUUUCCUGAAGUGAUGCUUGGUGAAGAAUUCCUUAGCCUUAGCCUAGACCAAGUUUGCAGUUUGAUAUCAAGUGACAAACUAACCGUUUCAUCAGAAGAAAAGGUGUUUGAAGCUGUCAUUUCUUGGAUAAAUUAUGAGAAAGAGUCUCGCUUGGAACACAUGGCUAAGUUGAUGGAACAUGUCCGCCUCCCUCUCUUGCCCAGGGAUUACCUUGUACAGACAGUUGAAGAAGAAGCUUUAAUCAAGAACAAUAACACAUGUAAAGAUUUCCUUAUUGAGGCCAUGAAAUAUCACUUGCUUCCUCUGGAUCAACGGCAGUUGAUAAAGAAUCCUAGAACAAAACCAAGGACCCCAGUCAGUCUGCCAAAGGUAAUGAUGGUGGUUGGUGGGCAAGCACCUAAAGCCAUUCGGAGUGUAGAGUGUUACGAUUUUGAGGAGGAGCGAUGGGAUCAAGUUGCUGAACUUCCUUCUCGGAGAUGUAGAGCAGGGGUGGUAUUCAUGGCAGGCAAAGUCUAUGCUGUGGGAGGUUUUAAUGGCUCUUUACGAGUCCGAACAGUAGAUGUAUAUGAUGGAGUGAAAGACUUGUGGACGUCAAUAGCCAGCAUGCAAGAAAGACGAAGCACUUUAGGGGCAGCUGUGCUAAAUGAACUCCUCUAUGCUGUUGGUGGAUUUGAUGGAAGCACAGGUCUUGCAUCUGUGGAAGCAUAUAACUAUAAGACCAAUGAGUGGUUUUUUGUGGCACCUAUGAACACAAGAAGAAGCAGCGUUGGAGUUGGGGUCGUGGAAGGUAAAGACAGCAAACUGCUGCAUUGGCCGCAUCAGCACAGUAAACUCUAUGCUGUUGGUGGUUACGACGGAGCAUCACGUCAGUGCCUUAGUACUGUAGAACAGUAUAAUCCAGCUACAAAUGAGUGGGCAUAUGUGUCGGAUAUGAGUACUCGCCGCAGUGGUGCAGGUGUUGGUGUACUUAGUGGACAGUUGUAUGCUACUGGGGGACAUGAUGGCCCUUUGGUGAGGAAAAGUGUGGAAGUAUAUGAUCCUGGAACAAAUACGUGGAAACAAGUGGCAGAUAUGAAUAUGUGUAGAAGAAAUGCAGGUGUGUGUUCAGUGAACGGUCUUCUCUAUGUGGUUGGAGGAGAUGAUGGCUCUUGCAAUUUGGCAUCUGUAGAAUACUAUAAUCCUGUCACUGAUAAAUGGACAUUAUUACCAACAAACAUGAGCACUGGAAGAAGUUAUGCAGGUGUAGCUGUGAUCCAUAAACCAUUGUGACACAUGUUCACGUGACUGCAAAGACAAGAAAUAAUGGCCAUCUUGCUUGGUGGGUUUUGGAAGAUACUGAAAUCUGACUCUUAACUGCCACACUAAUAUUGCACUCCUAGCAUGACAAGUAUGUGCUAAGACCAUCAACCUCUGCUCAGCGAUGGGCAGUGCAGCAAUGUGAAAAGUCUUGCUGUGAACAUGUUCCAGAAAUGAGGUGUUGCUUGUUUUUCUUGGUGCAAUCUGCUGUUUUAUGUACAGUCAAGACUUGAGUUUGAACUGAAUUUCUCAAGAGCAAGGAAAUGUAUCUCUAUGGCAUGUAACUAGGAGAAAGGGUAUUUUGAAAUACUUCACUACUGAAGUAGCAUAUACACUAUAAUAUGUUCUAGAAAGCAUUUCCUAUUUACUUACCAAACCUUUUAGACAAAUCUACUACUGAGACUGGAAUUUUUGAAACAACCCUCGAAAGGAAAGCAGACCUGAAUAAAUAGACUGGGAGCUCUAGCUCAUAUGGUAUAUUGUCCCCAUCAUAUGUACAUACACAAGUUGACUACUGUAAAUGUGUUAUUUAGGACACUGGAUGUGUACAUUGUAUGAAUUUUAUCCUAGAUGUAGAACUGCAAUUUUCAAACCUAUUUUGUAUAUGUGGUUGGAUGAUCCAAGCAGCGUCUUUCUCUAGGGUAAAAGCAUACGUGAACUACCCAAAGACUAGUAACCACACUAAAAUGUAAGGUUCUAGAGGUGGGCUGGGGGGGAGGUAUUGCUAUUUAAAAAUGAAUUCUGACCACAGUUGACAUUGAAAGGGGUGGGGAGUCAUAACAUGGUGUCGCUUAACUAUUGCCAACAAUUCAGAAAACCCAGACUGCACCUGCUUGUUAACGGGCAUCUGAGUACCAUGGAAGAGUAUUUUAAAUUCAUCAACUAUGGUUUGUCACCAGAUUUCCAGGGUGGUGGUGGGAUUCAGUAGUGGAUUCCAGGGUUACAGCCAGGUUUGGAGAGCUGCAUCCAACACAGUCACUUGUAGGAUGAUAUUGUACAUGAAUGAUAUUGUCACGAGCAAGGGCUGAGAGUACCAGGGAAGCCCAUCUGAGCAAAUGGGACUUCUGAAUAACAAACUGGGUGGUCAACCUUCUAUCCAGAACAAUAAUCUAGUAAAUACUACCCAAGUUUAGAUUAGAACUUCACCCAUCCCUUUAUACCUCUUGCAUUUGGCCAAAUACCACAAGUUGCCCAAGAUUUAAAAACCUUUAAGUGUCUUAAUGCUUCCACCAUGUAGUUGGUUAAGGCUGCAGUGUUAUGCAUAAUCACCUUGGAGUAAGCUCUAUUGAACUCAGUGGAGCUUACUUUUGAGUAGACAUGUAUAGGAUUGCACAGUAAUUCUACCAGCCAUUUUUCCUAACUGCUGACCUUUCAAAUAUUCACUAUGUUUUCCUUAUUAUAUAUGUGUACUGAAAUUACUCAGACUUUUAAGCAUUUAGUCCAAAAGGGAGAGAGAAGUGCUUUGGGGGAAAUAAGGAAAGCCAGGUCUAGCUAAUUGGCUCAACUCAAAUCUAAAAAACCCCCAAGCUUCUGUUAUGUUCACUGUCAUCAUCCAACUGAGAAUUAUUUUGUUCCUAGAAAGUUUGUGUUCUUGUAACUUCCAGCUCUUCUGGGAUGUGUAAUGCUAUAUCCUUCCUUCUCUUCCAACCCCUUACUACGUGCAUUUUAAAGGGUGUGUGUGUGUGUUUCCCCAAGAGCAUUUAACUUAUUUCUUAUGUAGAUAGACAGCUUUUUUAUCACUUGCCAAAUAUCAAGAGUGAAGUAGAAUAUGUAACUGAACUUGCUUUGAACAAGUGCUAAUAAGGUAAGAUUCUAUUAUUUUUGACAAGGGCUUUCAUCCCUUAAUUGGAUAUAAAAACAAAACAAUUUCCUUAAAAGAGUCUCAGUGCUACAUCUUAUGAUACCUUUUGUACUCUGGCACAGAUACUUUAGUACAAAAUACACCUGAAGAAUGCACAUUCAGGGUGCAUAAUCGCUCUUCAAAACACAAGUGAGCCUGAUCGUUGCUUGCUCAACACUUGAGUAUUUUAAAGAGGAACAUGGCAGUUUCUACAUGUGUUUCACCCUCUGUAUUUCUGAGAAUGCAGCCAGCAGCUAAUGAAUUGCUUCCAGGGUUGGGGUGGGAAAUCUUUUUUCAGGACCUGUUUAUGCAUUAUUCUUUCUGUGUGGAGGAUAUUAGUCUGCUACAUAUAGCCCCUGGUCUCUCUCUGUAUGAGUUCUGGGCUGUAGCUCUAAUGCUUUGCAUUGUUUAUACUUCUCUAGUGUGGAGAAUCUCUAUUUUGUUCCUUUGAAUGUCUGAGAGCACUGUGGAGAUUCUCCACAGGGUAGCAGCAAUCUUUAGGGCCCCACAGCCUUAUAUCUACUCACCUGGGAUUAAUCUCCAUUGAAUUCAGUGGAACUUACCUCCCGAUAGAUAUGUAAAGGAUUGCAUUGUUCAAUCACAGUAGCAGAUGUGGAUCACUCAAUAGGCAGAAGAUUAUUCCUUCAAACCUCCACAUGAAGAAAUGCAAUGUGUAAACCACUUAACCAUUUAAAUACUAUGAGACCUUGCCCUCUCAUAUUGGUUGAAGGAUCAUUAAACACUAAGAGUACACCUUACCUCAUUUGCUGAAUCAGUUGUCGGACACAGAUGCACAUGUACUGUUCCAUUCACCACCAAAGCUGUAUGCCAGUCAUAUAUAUCCCUUGACAGGCAGUGACUUUUUGAGCUAGCCUGAUCUAUGAUCCAUUCUGAAAUGGCACCUAUGUCUAUAUAACAUCUGGAAAAAUUACCAAUAAACACAUGGUGUACUGAGUGUUCAUAAAUAGUCAGGACCAUAAAUGGCCUUGCUCUCAGUCACUUACCCACUAGCAAAUGGUAUAUGUCACUCCUUCAGUGUGUAAACUUGCAGUUAAUGCAAGUCAAGUGACCUCAUUUUUCAGCUAUGCAAUAUUAUCGCUACAUAAUAAACCAGCUGCAAUAGCCCCUUUAAAGCGCAUUUGAAAUAUCUCGCAUUGUGUGUGCAUUUUUAAUAUUUGUACUGUGCCGAUAAUCUGAGCCAGAUCCUUUCAAAGGUUGCCUUUUUAUAGGGCUUGAAAAUAAUAGCUUUAGAGCUUGCAAAUUUUAAUGCAGCUAUUUUUGUAAGAUAAUUCUGAAGAGUUCUUGGAUCUCCUUUGAUUUUGGUGGCAUUAUGAUUAGUGUCUAAUCCUUACACCAUGGGCCCAGUUCUCAUCAGCCAUUUGUAUAUGGUGUCUUGUAUAUUUUUGUUUGAAAAAGGGAAAAUCCUUUGGCUUCUCUUGAUUUUAUGAAAAGGACACUUCUGGACUUCGUGUUAAUUAACUGUGUAUUGUUUCUUCCAUGAUUAAUAACACCAUAAAUUGCUGGAUUUAUAAGAAAACAAUUGAAUUUAUUUUUUUGAACUUUGAGUUAUGUUUAGCUUUCUGUACUGUUUGAGCUGGACAAACAGUGCACAAAGUAUUUGUGUAUUAAUACUGCUGUAUUUCUCUCUCUCUGUGUGUGUGUGUCUUGCUCAUACCUGAACAUAAUGUUCUGAAGCUAAAUGUUAAAAGUCAGAAUAAUGGUAAUAGGUUUGGUUGUCCUCUAACUCCUUUUACAGGUUUUCCUUGGACACCUAAAAUUCAUAAAUCUGUUUCUACAAAUACUCUUUGAUUAAAUUGUUGGGCAAUCUUUUAUCCAGAAGCUGGCUUGUCAGGUUGUGAUGAGAUAAGAAGAUGACCUUCCAUAAGAGUUGUGUGUAGGCCCAAAACCUGGACACAUCCAUGCUCUGCAUGUGACGGCAAAUGCUUUGCAGACAUCCUUUCCCAGAAACUCCCAUCACAGAACUCCCACAUGCACUUAAAUUCUUAAAAAGUAAUUUGGCAUGACAUCAAAGGGAAACUGCUAGUAUGCCUGUGGUACCCCCCCCCCCAUCUUUCUCAUUUAAAUUGCUUUUGUAGCAUAUCUUCAACCUGCUUUUCAGUCUCAAAAAUUAAAGGAGUUUUCCAGACAGUCAGCUUUUGGAUAUAGCCAAAAGCAUUAUCUUCAGGGGUAUUCAGCACUGCACUGUUUCUACAAAAAUCAGAAAUGAAGCUAUUUUUACUGCCCCAGUCUUUUAGCACUGUUUGAAUUUUGUGUGCAAGUUUGCCCGAGUAAUUCAUUUCAACUUGAUCCUAUUUUAUAUUUAACUGUGACUGUGGUUAGUAUUGCACAACUAAGCCACAAAAACUGAAGUUUUACUUUUUGCACUAUUUGUACACCAAUGACUAUUUGUCCAAAAGCUUAUUAGCUUAUUCUCCCUAUUAACUCAUAGGACAAAUAGAUAGAAUAAUACAGUGUAAUUAAAGUUGAUUCACAUUUGAAGCAUCUGGAAUGAUAUGAAAUUUUGAAUUUUCUUAAAUGGCACUAUUUAAAUAUAGCCAUUCUGUUACAUUGCCAUGCCAUUCAUAGGUUUUAUUUAAUAGUAAAAGGGAAUAGUCUGUCAACCCUGUAAGAAUGGUAGCUUUGCCAAAAUGUUUCAUUGGUGAAAAAUAUAGUGGCUACAUUUUAUAUGCAGUGUGAAACCGUGGUUUGGUGUCAUGUAUAUGAGCAAGCUUAACUUCAAGAUAUGUACAUGUAUUUCUCUCCUUGGCUGGCAUAGUUUCAAAACUGACUUCCAUAUUUGGUUCCUACACCCAGUCUCAAAACACAGCUUAAUCAUGGUUUAUGGGCAAACCAUAGCCCUGCUCAGGUGUUAUGCCUGAACAGGAAAUGUCCACUCAUGUAGGAGACACAAGGUCACAUGCUGUCCUGGCCCUGCUUGCUCAGUCUUCAACCUUCCUGUGUUUAUCAGGAAAGGUUUGAAAGGGGCUUUUGCCAGCAUUUCCUUGAAUACAAAUACAGUGGUACCUCUGGUUAAGAACUUAAUUCGUUCUGGAGGUCCGUUCUUAACCUGAAACUGUUCUUAACCUGAAGCACCACUUUAGCUAAUGGGGCCGCCGCAGCCAUGCGAUUUCUGUUCUCAUCCUGAAGCAAAGUUCUUAACCGGAGGUACUAUUUCUGGGUUAGCGGAGUUUGUAACCUGAAGCGUUUGUAACUUGAGGUACCACUGUAGAAGCCCCCUCGUGGUUCCUGAUUGCACAGAGGUUUCUACUUCUGCUCAAGUCAGCAGUGGUAAAAGGGCCCCUUCAGACUGUUCAGAUAAACAGGAAGGUCAGGAACAGAGAGGGUGGAGAAGAUGCACAUGGGGACGUUGGGGAGCAUGGGAGCCCUGUGUCUCCUACGUGGAUGAUGAUUUCCUGUUCAAGGUUGAGCAAAGCUUAUGUCUGAGGCAUAUCCUAGUUUGCCAUGUUUGGAUACUAUGACAACUGGAAGCCGGUAAGGGCGAAAUCCCAUUGGGUGAUGCUUUUCUGACAGCUGCUAGCCAGCACUAGUAAGGCUGGCGGGAGAUCCUGUCCAAGGCCCUCUGGCAGGGACUGUGCAGACUUGGUGUUCCGGCACUCCCUCUAAAGCAGGCAUCCCCAAACUGUGGCCCUCCAGAUGUUUUGGCCUACAACUCCCAUGAUCCCUAGCUAACAGGACCAGUGGUCGGGGAAGAUGGGAAUUGUAGUCCAAAACAUCUGGAGGGCCGAAGUCUGGGGAUGCCUGCUCUACAUACUGGGGCUGACCAUGCAAGGGGAGGAGGGACCCUGCAAGCCCCAGAGACGGUUUUGCUCAUGCAUGCAAUACCAAACUAUGGUGGAAUGAACUCAUUGUUUGAUUAAUAUAUUGUGGGCAUAAGAAUACAGUAAACCUUUUUUCAUGAGAUCCUAAAUUAUUUUAUUUUCUUGUACAGUAGUGAUAAUGCUAAGUUUAAUUUGUAAAUAUAUUGUAUAAAAUAUGUUUUAAGGCUAACAGAAGAUUGUAAUAGCGUUCACCUUGAAUGCACAGAUUUUUUAAAAUAAUAAUAAUAAAAUAGACUGAGAAAAUGUAGCUGUGAUCCAUAUACAAAUUAAUUCAACAUGCUAAUAUUUCUUAGGUUUACAGCCCACUCCUAUGCAUGCUUACUCAAAAGCAAGUCCCACGUUGUUCAGUGGAACUUAUUUGAAAGUAAGUGUAUGUAGGAUUGCAGCCUUAGUUAAGAUCAUACUGCACAUUACAUCUAUUGGUUAGUUCCUUAUAAUUGCUGGUUACUGCCAUGGGACCAACUGGUUUGUGAUGCAAUUCUGUUUCUUUUCAGAAGCAAAACCUAGAAUUUAAACUCCAUAAAAAUGUUAACAACAAAAGGUCAAAUCUGUUCUCAAGGACAUUGAAUUUUGGGGGAAUAAAGUUGAGCAAAUGAAAUUGAUCUUGUGUUUAUUCUGAUUCUGCCAAUGUUUUGGAGUUACAGUGAAUGAAAAUGUACGACCAAAAUAAUAGAACCAUAGAAUUAUUAAUGAUUCACUGUCAAUAAUCCUAAUAAUUUGCUGCAUGUGUACACCAAGAGGUCAAAACCUGCAUGUAUCUAAGCAGGCAAUGGAUAGUCACUUGAAAAAAAUACUGAGAUUUUUGAUGCACUACUUAUCACAUGGUAUAGGCAAAUCAUUUUACUUGGGAAGAAAAAUCUGUUGAAGAUCAGAGGCCUGCUCUUUGUUAAAUUUGUAUCUCGCUUUCCUAUCGAAUGGUGCUCAGAUGGUGAACUGGAUGUAUGUGGUCACUAAUAUGAAGUAUCACACAAGCUGUAUAAAAGUGGUAAUUUGUCAUGUAAAUUGAUUACCAAGAUGCAUUUUUUCUCAGUACUGUCCUAUGGUUCCAAUUUUAGUCGGCUAAAAUGCUGGUGUGCAGGAACCUGCUAUGUACUCCACAGCACAACCCAGGUAUUUCUCCAUUCUUAGGCAAAACACAGUCCUUUGUAGGUGGAAGACAGACUUGAGCAAAUUUAUGUAAUUUCAGAGAUGAGGAAUUGGCCAUUGCGUGUUUCUCUUUCCUAAAAGGAUUGGCUGAAGCCUGAAAUCUGAAAAGCCAACUUUUGUUGGCCCUGCACAGUAUGGUCAAUGGUCAGGGAUGAUGGCAUAACAACAUCAUCCUUGCAGUAUAGUAACAUCUGGAGGGCCAAAGGUCCCCCACCUCUGUGUUAGACAAAUAUCCGGGGCGGUGGAUGGUAUAAAUCAGGGGUCAGCAAGGCUUAUCGGCCAUGGGCUGGAUUACUCCUGCGGAGAUCGUCCGAGGGCAGCGCAGCGCGAUGCUGGCAAUUGCGUCUGUGCAUGACCGCGGUGCUGGAAAUCGCUUCUACGCAUACCCAGAUGCCGGAAAUCGCUUCUGGGCUGGCGCGAUUUUCGCCAUCUGAGCAUGCGCAGGAGCGAUUUCGGGCGCCGCUUGGCAAGUCCCCGCAUUGCAGUGUGCCGGUUUAGCGCUGUGCAGGGGGGGGGACGGACUCGCCGAGCAGGCGGCUUGGUUUGGGGUGGCUCGUGGGCCGGUAAAACAGUCUUCAUGGGCUGGAUCUGGCCCAUGGGCCGCACGUUGCUGACCCCUGGUAUAAAUGACCCAAUACUUUGAUCCUUUGUGAGUUUAUUUGGAAGCAAGGAAGCAAUUCCUUCUGUGUUUAAUGGGCUGACUUCCCAGUUAGGACCGCAGGCCAACUAAGCUGCAAGUGACUUUACUUAAGUUUCCCUCAUGUGAAAAUGCUACCACCUACAGUGCAAUCCUGGGCAUGUUUACUUGGAUGUAUCCCCACCCCAUCCCCAAUUCAGGAGAAGGCCCAUUUUUGGAACGCUAAAGCAUGGUGUAGUGUUGCAUCCUAAUACAGCCUUUUUCUCUUUCAGUGAUGGAAAUAGUUCUGUGUCCCACUAAUUCUGGGAUUGGCAGGGGAUUGGACAAUAUGAGCUUUGCUGUCCCAAUGAUUUUUUUGUUGCUUGGUUAGGACUUAGGAGGAUGAGCGUAGGAUUCUGUCACAAAGGUUGAUUUUUUUUAAGGGAACGCAGAAAAUUACAAAAGACUGGUAUUACUUUCCAGAAAAUUCUCUUCCAUGUGGAGGAGGAUCUGAUUCUUUCCCAUAUGUUUUAGAGGCUACUGCUCCACUCCUUUAGCAACAUCAUUAUGUCUGGAAGGGAUGGAAGGGAAGUAUCACACAUUUUGAAAAAAAUGCAGUUCUUUUACUAAGCUCUUCUAUGCAUUACUGAUUUUGAAAUUAGACUUAGAAUGCUGUACAUCAUAAACAUUUUUAUUUUUUUAUGUCUACCACAAUGUCCCAUAUUCUGUCAAGACAUUUGUAAGGUGCAGAUUCAAUGGUUUUACCACUACGCAAACUCUAUUUUUUUAUCCUCUUCUCAUUGGUUCCUUGGUUGCUUUGUUUACCAUCUAGCCUUGGAAACUUUGGAUGCUAUUUUGUGACACUUUGGUUGGCCUAAUAAAGGUAUUUCUCUAAUAUGGAUUUUGGAUUUCCCCCUUAUCAGCCAACAUGGCUACCUUUGCUUUUUUUAAUUGACUUCCCUAUCACUUAAAGUACAGAGUGGCAGGUAAGUUGCUUGAUAUAUUUUUUUGCACAUCUGAACAAACGAGAUGCUGCACAGUGCAGUUCCUAAAGUUCCUUUGAUUUCUCCCACGUGUCACUUCAGAUACUUUUUUACAUCUGUGUAUUCGUGUCUAAUUAAUUUUCUGGUUUUGAGGGCAUGUAGCAAUUAGAACCAACAGCCGAUAAAUGAAUGCUCCAGAUCCUUCAAUUAGAAAGCAAUCAGUCUAAAAUUCCAAGGGUAUAGCAUCUCCAGUGAGAAUCAUUUCAUUUUCUUGCAUAUAAGUGGCAGUUGGAAAAAAAUGGGUGCUAAAAUAAGAAUGAAAGGCUUUCGCCUUAGAAAGUGCCAUCUAAAACCAGACACUGGAGGUCACUGUAGCCCAAAGAAGACUAAUGUGUAGAGCAGCUGCUGUAACUACAAUUCUCUUUCUCAAAAUACCUUUCUAAUAGUUGCAGAAAUUUGAAUCUUUCUCCUAAUUGUGGGUUAGCAUAAUAAUAGUGGUGUGCACUAGAAUUAUCAUGUUCAAGUAGACUAUAUAUUUUUUGCUAUGUUUUUCCUCAGUUGGUGUUAACACCACAUAGUUAACUUAAAGCAGGGGUGGCCAACUCCCAAGAGACUGAGAUCUACUCUCAGUUAAAAACUGGCAGUGAUCUACCCCCUUUCAGGUCACAGUUGUUGAGCUUCUUUUAGGGAGGAAGAAAGCCACAUUUAGGGGUUCAGGUCACAGUUGUUGAGCUUCUUUUAGGGAGGAAGAAAGCCACAUUUUUAGGGGGUGCAGAGCAAAAAUGUUGAGCUUUUUUAGGGGAGCCAAAGUUGUUGAACUUCUUUGGGGGGAACCAGUGAUCUGCCAGUGAUCUACCACAGACAUCCAGUGAUCUACCGGUAGAUCACGAUCUACCUGUUGGACAUGCCUGACUUAAAGCAUGAAUUAUAUGAGAAACACUUAGUAGAAUUGCACAGAUACAUGUACAAUACCAGUUUAUUACCUACACGUCCCAUAGACUAAGUUGGGACCCAAGUCCAUUUCAUUCCUUGACUGGAGACCAAGAUGUUAAAAAUAAUGGAUGCUGCUAUUGCCAGACUAAGCACCAUAGCAGAUGGUGCACUUCAUUGUGGUUGCCCUAUGCAUAAUGAUAAAACUAUUAAUAGUAACACCAACACACAUAUAACCUUUGUAACCAUAUUUCCUGUAAAGCCUAUAAAGAGAGGAGUUUAUUCAGUUAUAUAAACAAAUAUCCUUUAUUAGGCAUAUCAAAGAGUGGAGUUUAUACUACAGUAUACCACUAAGAGGAGACUGCCAUAUUAGGCUAAAGGCCCACCCAGUCCCGAAUCCAGUUCGCACCAGAUGCCCAAUGGCUCUGCUCACCUGUGAUUAUCAGCAGCUGGUAUUCGGAAGCAUAUUGGCCCUACAGUGGGGGCAGAAUCAAGCCAUUCUGGUUAGUAGCCAUUGACUGCCUUUUCCAUAAAUUUGUUGAUUCCCCUUAAAGGUGUCUAAAUUGCAAUCACUGUCUCCUGUGGGAGCAAUUUCCAUAGUUUAACUGUGCUGUUUGAAGAAGUACUUUAUUUUUAUUUCCCCCAAAUCUUCUAGCAUUCGGCUUCAUUGGAUGUUUGCAAGUUCUAGUGUUGUGAUAAAGGCAGAGAGAGAGAGAGAGAAAACACUCCACUUUCUCCAGCCCAUGCAGAAUUUUAUAAAUCACCUGGACCUUUUGCAAUGAGAAUAGUAAUGGAAAACUACAGGAAUAAUCAGGGUGACAAGCACUUGAUGACAACAUAGAAUGAAAAUUGUGUGAAAUCAAACCAGGACAAUACUGUAUAUUCUUUGUCUGGAAGCGACUUUAGGCUGCCUGGUUUGAGGAAUUUUUGUGCCUUCCAUUUCUGGUAGCUGAAUUCUUUCUGCACUGCAGCCUUUUACUUCAUUGGAGUUGCUUGACAUGUUUGUUUUUGCUAAAGGAAACUAAACUGUUAUUAGAGCAAAUCCCUGGACAGAGUAUCCCUUGCCAUUAAAAAAAAGGUUGUUCUGCCUUGUGUCAGAUUCCUUUUGAGAACUUGUCACCUCCUUGGGGACCCGUUUCCAGCCAGGGAAACCUCAAAUGUUCUUUGGGGUUUCCCUUUUCUUUUGAUAUAGCUUGCAUUUGACACCUAAUUUGACCUAGGAAGGCUUUCCAUCCUGGCAUUCAAAGCUAAGGACUGAGGACCAGCUGCAAGUGCUCUAUCUACUCCUUUUGUUCUUCAACUCCGGAGCAUUAAGAACUGACUUCCACAUGCUUUUGUUCUACUCCCUCAGGCUGUUGGCCUCUUGGGUAUUGGUCUCGACCCAUUGCUCAUCCAUGAACAAGGGCAAUUGCAGCAAUAAUUUGAUAACAUUUCACUGCAGUCCCAGUUUCCUGGAAAUGUUUUCUGUUGCCAGGAGCAAUAUCAUACCUCUGCAUUGCCAUUCUCUAUUCCAAAUACGCAACGGUGCAUAAUAUUUGUUGACCAGCAUUGAACACUCAACAUAAUGAAAAGCACCUUAGCAGUGGAAAGUGACUUCCUAAAAGAUUCUUUGUCAUUGAAUGGGAUUUUUUAAAGAGUGAUGGGCAAACUUAUUUUAAGAGCUGCUGCUUUCCGCAGCAUGGAGUCCUCCAGAUGUUUUAGGCUAUGUCUCUCAUCAACCCCAGAUGGCUUAGAGCAGAUAGACUGCUCUAAGCCAUCUAAUAAAGGAGGAAUUCCCAUAAAAUUUGGAACCCAGCCAUGACAGAGCUAGUUAUCCCUCUGUUAGGAACUGAUUUUAUGCAAGCUCUUGGCAGAAAAUGGCUGCAUUACAGAAUAUGGGUGGGCCUACUGCCUCUUUAAAAGCUUUGAAGCAGCAGUGUAGUUUUCCAUCACUAAUCAUAUUGUUAUGGCCUUGGUGUUCCUAGGAGGCAGAGUCAGGGCUCAUCCAAACUUAAUUUUGUGUCACAUUUCUAGGCAUGGGCCCACACUUUAAAGCAUCAUGUCCAGUGCUUUUUUUCUUUAAAAAAUGUUUCGGGGUACUCUCAUUUUCCUACUCGUAUUGAAAUACUGCCCCUCAAUAAGGCCGAAAUUAGAUUCACAAAACGUUUAGGGGUAUGCAUCCCCCUGCGUCCCCCCAGAAAAAAAAAGCACUGACCAUAUCUGAGUGUUCUCCCUGCCCCUGAUGCUUUCCCUGCCAAAAGCAAAAAAAACCCCACUCUUUACUGUUGAAUUGGAGCAAACGGUAAUCCACAGAAAACCCAAAUUGUAAUUUGUUACAAUUUGGCAGUAAAGAGUGAGUUUUCCUGGGGUGAGUAGCAGACCAAAAAUAACAUAAAAUAAGCACUCAGACAUGAAGCUUUAAAGUGCAGACUUGAGCCUAGAAAGCGUGAGACAAAAGAUAAGAAUGGAUUCGUGUUGCUGCCUUUUUCUGGUUGGGCUUCUGUAGCCUUAAAUAGCUUUAUGAGGCUUCCCAAACUUAAACCUGUUGCAAUUUCUGCUUUGCCAUCUAAAGUGGGGUGGGGCAUAACCAGUGGCCCUCCAGAUGUGGGACUUUUUUUUUUUUUGUCAGCACCAGCCAAUAUGGCUAAUGGUCAGGCAUGAUGGGAGUUAUAGUUCAGCAACAUGUGGAGGGGCCGCAUUGGAGUUAAAAUGAACAGGAGCUAUACCUAUUGCACAUGCUCAGUACAACUGAGGAGAGAAACGGAGGCUGCAAAAAGGUAUUGUCAAACCAAGUGGUUAUGUAUAAACACAGCCUUGUCAUUAGAACACACAAGUCCUGAGGAAAUUGGGUACUGUAGCAUCAUUGUAACACAGGGUUUCAUCCUGCCUUCAAGUCUGGAAUAUCAAAUUCUAUUAAAAAAACAAAACCACACACCAAGCUGAUUAAAAAUACAUAAUUUGCUUGAUGAUAUCAUAUAAAAAUAAUAUAGGCCAUCAAACAGGGAAGGGUUUCAUGAUGAGCAGGAGAUUAGCUUAAUGGCCUCAAUUUAUAUGAAGUGGUGAUUUACAGAGAAAUGUGUGUAUAUGUGCUUGUUCCCACAGAACAAUAAAAAUGCAUAACAGCUGAGGAAUGGAGAACUGCUCAGACUCAACAGAACUUGUACCUGCAUAGGAAAAAACCUGUGUGAUAAUGACAACUUCAUAGUCUGCAGAUGUGAAUAUUAAUCUUUUAAAUAACUGCUUAGCCUGCUGAGUACCACUAAUGCAGCUUUUGCAGAAUGAAUUAUUUGCUGUAGUGGGGCCAGUCCUUCCAUUAUGUGGCUUUUGAUGUGCUGAUGUGUGUUCUUUUAUUCUACUCUGCGGCAAGGGGCAGCGAUCUCUAUUAAAUCCAGACAUUUCCACCUGUGGGACUGUUAAUUUGCAAAUUGCAGGUGACACAUGUAGAUGCAGGAUGGAAGGGAGGGGGACACUAAUUUUAGGAGCUGAAAAUUGGCAGAUGUGGCAUAAUUUUGGGAGCCGGCGUGAUUGACUUUGUGAUAGGCACAAGGGACAACCAAUCAGCUGCACAGGCACCUUUGUUGGAAACAGGAAGUACUGGUUGCCUUGACUAGUUGGUGAGUAUAGCACUAUAGUGGGCCCUGCAUGCUCUUCUUCUCUAUGCAGGCUAAAUAUUGGUAAAUGUUUUAUUUAUUUCCUUGAUAAGUGGUGUUAUCAAGAAAAGAAACCAACAUGUUAUGUGAGUGGGUAUGUGCAGCAAGGCAGCUCAUGGGACAGCAGCCAUUUUGAGAUUAGUUGUAAUAAUUGCAGUGAGAAGUAUGUUUGUGCUCCACUUUUCUGUCGCCUGUGGCAUAGCUUAAUAAACUCAGUAGCAGCCAGUAUUAUUUGACAGGCAUGGAAGUUUGGAGUAGAUGCAUAGACAAAUCAAGUUUAUUGUUUUGUAAAUUGAGUCAGGCCAGGGAUUUUUUUUCAGCAGGAACUCGCCGGAUCUCAGUUCCGGCACCUCUCUGGUGGGCGUCAUUGCCAUUCUAAGAGAACAAAGGAGGUGUUCAUGGUGAGUUCUGGCAUCUCUUUUUCUAGAAUGAGUCAGGUAAACUUCAGCUGUGGCAAGAAUUGAAACCUGUUGAUUCUUACAGGCUUAGUUUUGUUGGUCUGCAAGGAGGCAGACCAUAUAUACUAUAUAUUUAAAGCACGACUGAAGUAUAUUAUUUUCCUCAAAGGAAUCAGGACACUGUGGUUUGUUAGGGGCUGCUGCAAAUUGUAACCCUGUGAGGGGGAAACUGCAGUGCCUAGAAUUCGUUGAGGGAAGUAGUGUGUUUCGCAGUCUAAAAAUACAUGUUAUGGGUAGGAAAAGGAACAGGAGGGAGAAGGAAAAAAGCAAGCUCAGGCACAAGUUUUCAAAGUUAACAGCCAGCCUCAGUAGUGGUUCUGGCUUUCUUGUCUUUGAUAAAGAGGAGUGGUGCUGUGGGUUAAACCACAGAGCCUAGGGCUUGUCGAUCAGAAGGUCGGUGGUUUGAAUCCCUGUGACGGGGUGAACUCCCAUUGCUCGGUCCCAGCUCCUGCCAACCUAGCAAUCAUGUCAAAAUGCAAGUAGAUAAAUAGGGACCGCUACAGCAGGAAGGUAAACGACGUUUCCAUGUGCUGCUCUGGUUCGCCAGAAGUGGCUUUUUCAUGCUGACCACAUGACCUGGAAGCUGUACACCGGCUCACUCGGCCAAUAAUGCAAGAUGAGCGCCACAACCCCAGAGUCGGUCACGACUGGACCUAAUGGUCAGGGGUCCCUUUACCUUUACUAGUGCUUCCCCCAGCGCCAAUCUCAUCUGAGAAUGGAGCAAGUGAAAAUGGCCAAGCCAGGAGGGCAGGGCAGUCACACAGCUGCCUUGAGGGCAGUUAGGAUCCUUGCUACUUUCCCAUGGCAUCCAUGCCGGAAGGAGGCACAGCUGCGUUUCUGCCUCACACUCACCAAUUAAUGGCACACAGCUAGUUUGUCAGGAAAAUGGGAGGCAACUAGGAGGCAACCCAGUCAUUAUCUGGAGAAUGUUCCUCUGCUUUUACUCUUUAAAGUUUAAAAGCCCCUGAAGCACCAAGUGAGAAAGCAGUUACUAUGCCUCUCACUCCUUUCCUCCAUGGAGCACUUUGGCCACAGGCUAUGAGGGAAAUCCUGAGAGGCAGGUGUCAGAAAAAAGGCAGCAAUCCUAAGUGUUUGUGUACAGCUCAGCAUCAAUCAUCCUAGCAGCUUUUUAAAAGAUGGAAGAAAGCUCCAGAGUGGGUCCAGUUUAGAAAAUCAUUUGUGUUGAAGGGGAAGGGAGGGUUAUUAUUGUUAUUUUUAAAGCCUACGUACUCUCAAGCUUUUUUUCCUGUAGAGGUUAGAAAUGUGUGAGUUUCUCAAGAUACUAAAAUUCUGCACUGUAUGCUAGAUUCGCCAUGUCCAUAGCUUCGUAAAGCCAUGGUUUUGAAGCUGUGAAGUAUGUAUUGUGAACUUGCAUUGCAUGGCAUGGAUAAAUAUGAAAACCACAUGUCUCUGGCUAUGACUUCUCCUGGGGAAACUUGACUGCAAUAUAAAUGUUUGCAGUUUGUGCAGAACAGAGAUAAGACAAUUAAAUAUUUAGAAAUCAAUCUAGAAACCAAUGUCCGUUUCCUCAUUUUGCGUAAUUGUUGGUUAACCAGUUGUCCACUGGCUUCCUUGAAAGAACUCUCAACAAAAAUCCCUGAAAUUUAGAAAAAUCCUAUGAACAAAACCUAAUUGGCAUCAAGGCUUGACCUUGGAAUACUUCUUUGUUAAGGGUACAGCAUUGGAAGUUGAGAGAAAACAUCACAAAGAGAGUGACAUUGAGUAUGUAUGAACUUGCAGACUGUAAUAAACUCCUUCCUCCCAUGGAUCUGGGACUAACAUUCCCAGGUUAAAUGGCACAAUUGUUAGUCAUUCCAGAGCCUUUGUAAACAUAUGAGUCGAAAUUUGCUAAAAAUGAUCCAGUUUUGUGUGCUAGAACUCUUUAUUCUAUGCAGAUGUAUUAGGGAGGAAUCUUAGUGGAAGUAAGUGCAACCUAUUUCUGGAUAAAAAUAUGUAGAAUUGGGCUGGAAGAAGCUUUCUGUAAGCAGACACCUAGUAAUUUAUGUGCUAUCACCUAUUCAAGUUUUAGGGCUUUGCACUACAUGAAUGUGAAUAAAGUUUAAACUGACAGGAGUAGAAUCUAGGUGCUUGCUUUAGCUCUAAGGUACUUAUUCAUAUUGACUGGCAAUUGCUAUUAUUUUGAGACUGCCUCAGUAUAGGUCUGUCAAGGUUGCAGGAGAGUGAUAUUAUUGCAUAUGCCUUUUCACAGCAUCUAUUUCGAAUUUGGAAUAUAUCAUUUAUAAAUAAGGCACCUUCCCUCCUCCUUUUGAGUAGCUUGCUUAUGAUGUCUCCUACUAUUAACACUUGAACUAAACGGAAUUGGGAUUUAACAACCAUAAAAUUAAUGGAUCAAUUGGUCUUAAUAUAUAUAUUUAAAAUUGGUGGUGAUCCUUUUAAAAAAAUCAAUAUAUAGUAGUGAUGGGAUGGAUGUUUCUUUAUAAUUCUGUGUUUCAACAAAAUAAGCAUGAGAUUUCUAGCUUCUUAAGUGCCGCCUCUGGCCAUUUACUCUGCCUUACAAGCGAAGGUUAUGAUUAAUGAGUCAACAGAUAAUGAAGGUAUAAGUAACAAAAUGAGUGGUGUGCCUGGAGGCUGAUCAUCAAGAAUUUCAAGUGUGGCUAUAGCUAGUCUGUUGUAUGACAGAGAUUCCCGUACUGGCAUUUUAAAAUUUAUAUGCAAUAAAAGGUACCCACAAGCAAUUAAUAAAAACCAUUGCCAAUUUAAAUCCUUAGGAAGAAAAUAUUAACCAGAAUAGAUAUAUAUGGUUUGUGUGUGUGUAGCAAACUAGCCUACAGUAUUUCUGAAAGGCAUUAUAUCUAUAUAUACAGAAACCCGACCUUUUUGCCUUGCUCUGAAUUACUGUUAAAAGCCUUCUGGAGUAGCAGAUGAGAAGGACAGGCUGGUGCUACAGUGGGUGAGUUUUCCACAUUUAUCUUUGUCAUGUCUUCUCCUAUGAAUGAAGCAACUGUCACAAUAGCUGCCAUGUAGGAGCCAAAGGCAAGAUGCACCAUGUUGCUGGUGGUUCUGCUUGGCUAGUAAUGUGCAGAUUUUAGCUGCACUGGAAAAAAGUGCCUCUGACGUGAAUCAGAAAUUCAGCUCAGGUGGAAGCAAGGAAGCCAAGCACAGAACUGUCAGUGGAUCCUUAUGGGCACCUUCUCCUUGGCUACAGUGCACAAGUAGGGUGUACUGGAACGGGGUGGGAAAGGAAGUUCGGUCGCAUGUCAUUAGUUGAAUUUUCUCCCCUCUCCUUUUUAUGCUUAUCACUAAUUAUAGCACAUAUACAGAAAAAGAAAAAUACUCUGUGCCACUCUUCGUAGGCAAGAGUAAACACCAGUUUGUUUCAACAGAGCAACAUCCUUCAAGAUAUGGCAGCGGUUAAUCCUUGCUAGUGAUUAAGUAAGACAUACAUAAGAAGAAUUUAGAGCAGGCAUCCCCAACCUGUGGCCCUCCAGAAGUUUUGGCCUGCAACUCCCAUGAUCCCUAGCUAAUGGGACCAGUGGUCAGGGAUGAUGGGAAUAAACUUUUAUUUAUUUUAAAAAAGGAUAAACCACUUACGGUAAUAUACAUCUAAGAUGUGAACUGGAUUAUAUAGAAAUACAUAAGAUAUGAUGAAAUCAUAAAAAUAUUGUGUUAUAGAUCGUAUUGGUUGCAAACUAAAAGCAUCAAUUCUCCUGGGGACCUGAUUAAAAGGAGAGGUUUUUCAACAUGUGUCUACAACACAGUAGAAGGCACCUGUCUAAUUGCUAAAGGGACAGAAUUCCAAAAUGUUGGUGCAAGCAAACCCUGAACAUGUGGCACUGCCACUAACUAGCACUGGCCUCUGGACCAAUCAAAAUAUACAUGAUCAGCUGUGUGAUUAAAAUAGAGUAUUUAAAACAUUAACUUUGUACAUUAAAUAGAGAGUUAUGCUAAUUAAAGUUAAUCAACUGAGAAUGGAUUCAGGCGAACUUAUAGCAAGCAGUUACACCGAACAGCACUUGUAUGUGAGUGGUAAACAUUAAAAUGAACAGUUACUGGCUUUAAGCCUUAACUGAGAUAGCUGAAAAUGAGAUCAAACAACAACUAAAAUACCCCAUACAUAGAAUAGUAAAUGUGUGUCAAUGUGGCUUUGACAGUACAGGAGGUGCCAAGCAAAGAAUGCAUAUGUUGCGGGCCUGGUGAGCACACUUGCUAUCACUGUGACAAAGGCCUACAUUGUGAUGCAUUUAAAAAGGACCAUGACUCUACAUGGGUUUUGUGAAAUACUUGACAUUAGAAAUCAGUGGUCAAGUGAUAUGGACACCCACUAAAAACUAGAGAGUAAGAACAGGACUUCAGUUCUUUCUUUCCUGUUUGAUGGCAGUAGAGCCUUUAGGCUGUAGUCCAUACACACACAGCAAGUCUAUUGCAACUUACUUUUGAACAGGUAUGUAUAAAAUUGUUAGUCUCUUUUCUCUUCACCACAAGAUGGCACCAGUAAACAAUAGGUAUACCUGCUGGAUAGAUUUAAAAAAAAAAUUGAAGUAAAUGUUCAAUUUAUCACUCGAGUGUCUAUGUAGAACUGUUUCUCCGUCUGUUGCUUUUGUAUUUAUGAAUAAUAGGAUUACUAUUAUUAUUAUUAUUAUUUUAUAACAUGAUAGCUGAUAGCAAAACCAGCACAUGACACAUUGCUCUGCAUCAAAGACUACUCUGGAAAUGCAUAAUGAACAGCUAAGUGACACUAAUUAGAGCCUAAAAUGCUGUGCUGCAGUGUUAUUUCUAUAGUUUACAUUGUUGGGAUUAACUCUGGGCUUGUCUCUAAGACCUAUUUGGUGCACAUCACAGAUCAUGAGGACAUGCCAAAGAUAAUAGUCUAAGGAAAACGGAAGUCCCCUGCAUUUAGAUUUGUGGUGCUAAAAUGGCAGGUCUUAAUUUUUAUUCUUUACAAGACAGUAAUCAUAGAAGCAGUUACUCCACAGCUUCUGUCUGAAGCCUUUUUCGGUGUCCCCACUCAAAUUUCCUAUUGCUUAGUCCUUUUAAAACUCAUGUGUAUUGGCUUCAGAUUUGUUGCCAGCUCCAUUCCACUAGGGCUUCCUGGGUAAGAAUCAGCAUGGACAGUCAUUUGGUCCACUUUUCUGCGGACCCAAUAUGAUACGCGCAGGCUUGCUGUCAGUCAGAUUAUGCACCGUUCCUGAUUUCACGAUGCAGUUUCAGUCCCCAAAAGUGUACACAAAGCCAUGUAUUUUAUGUGAAAAAUGUGUUCAAAAUGCAUCCAGUUCGUAUGUAUAUCUUUGUGCAUGCUCUUUUAGAAAAUUCACACACACACACACACACACACACACACACACACACACAAAUGGGGCAGCACUGUAGCAUUAGUCAAACCGACAAGGAACAACUAAAAGCUGGUUCUUUCAUCUCUAUUCCUAGGUCAUCCCACCAUUCCCCAACCUGCUGUAGCAUGGUAGGAGAGUAAGCAUAAAGAAGUCUUCUUAAAAAUCUGUUUGAGGCAGUAAGCUUCUCAGCCUUAUUUGUGCUCCCCAUGAUUAAUUCUGCAGAUGCUGAGAAUCCACGAUGCAUGCCUGCAGAUACUUAAUCGUGCCUUCAAAUGUUUUGGCAUCAUUGUGCCCAUGCCAAGAAUAAAAAUGUUUAUUCAUAAGUGUAUGUACAUCAUAGGGAGAAGGUACUUUCAUGUGCAUGCUGUGCUUGCUUAAUAUGUCUGAACAAAGCUGCAUCUUGAAUACUGUGCAUGUGACGGGGCUUUUUUGUUUGCUAUCAGAUCAACGUUUUUAGGAUAUUUCCUUCUCUGUGAUAAAUCUUGAACAUGGUCAAGAAUAAAUUUAGGGUCAAAAUAUGUUACAAUAGUUCAAUGCUAAUAGUCUCCUUUUUGCAGAGAUUCUUCAGGACUGGGCAGGAUUCACAGCAUUAAAAUUAAUAUCCUACCCAGACUAAAAUAUGUCCUUAGGGGUCUCCCUUUUACCAACCCCACAAAUACAAAUUGACCAGCUAUUUAGAAAUUCUGUCUAGGGGCCAUACAACAGGCCAUGCUUGGAAUAUGCCAAGAUACUGCUCCCACUGACAAAAGGUGGCAGACAAUGAAAUACCACAAUUGGCAUGGGAUAGAACUGGGUAGCCUAGCCCCACUGCAGAGCUGAGAAGCAUUAGGCUUCGAGCAUCUGAGGCACCCCACAACAGCAGCAUAUGGGGGUCCCAGAAAGGUCCCCCUCCAAAUCUGAGGGCAACUCUAUCUAAGAACCAGAAAUUACUGGAGAUGCAUGCCAGCUAUCUGAAACAGAAACUCUAUAUCGCUGCUUCUUCUUCUUAAUACAAAAUAUGUGAUGUGACCAAAUUUCAUAUCCACUGAUCCAGGCAAAUGACAGUCAGUAAAAAGGUACGCAGGUCAGGGAAACUUGUAGGUGCAGCAUCAAGGUGCAGCAAUACCAGCAAGUUGAACAGCAUUUCAAAAGUCUUCACUUUGAUCUAACGAGCUCAGUUUAGUUCUGCUCUAAUUGAUAAACGGAUGGAUUUGGAUACUCUGGUGACGGUGAAAUUGUCCAGAACGAAGAUGAAGCUGAGAAAUCAGUUUUUCAAGUGAGAGCACGAGAGGUUAGUUCUCAAAUUUAGUAUUUUCCCCAUGGUGUUCUGCCGGAUACACUGCGUGACAAAAAGGUGAUAUAUAUAAAUUCUGGAGAUAAGUAUAAAAAUAAGGAGAGCUGGCAGAUCUGCAUGUAAAGUGGAUUUCUUAUUUCCAUGCAUAUUGUUGGGGAUAUAGUUGGAGGUCUGUGGCUCAGGUGGAACAUAUGACAACUCGUCCGACAUACAUCCUAAUUCAGUAUGUUUUUGCAUAGUUUCAUUGGUUCUUGAGUCCCUGCAAUUGCACAAUUUGUUUUAUUCAGUGGUUCAAAAUGCCCCGCCCCCCCCAGCCAAUCAAUGCUGUUAAUGAUUUAAACUCCUGCUUUUGGUUUGAUGUUUAGCAUCAAAAAGAUGUGUUUUGAAGUCUCAGUGAACAAAAAUGUCAUGCUGUGGGAAUUUGACCCUUGAUAGGGUGGGACUAAACAUCAUGUCAGUGGAUUUGGAGAUUGAUUUACGCAUCACCCACAAGUCUUCCUCUGAUUUUUGUAUUUUUUGUUUGUGUGUGGCUGGUAGGGUUUUACAGUGUGAUUCGCAAAUCACCUCCAGUUGCCUUAUACAGUGGUACCUCAGGUUACAGACGCUUCAGGUUACAGAUGCUUCAGAUUACAGACUCCACUAACCCAGAAAUAGUACCUUGGGUUAAGAACUUUGCUUCAGGAUGAGAACAGAAAUCGUGCAGCGGUGGCAUGGCGGCAGCGGGAGGCCCCAUUAGCUAAAGUGGUACCUCAGGUUAAGAACAGUUUCAGGUUAAGAAUGGACCUCCAGAACGAAUUAAGUUCUUAACCAGAGGUACCACUGUACACAUUUUAACUGUUCUAGUCCCUUUGAAUUUAGCUGGUGGUUGUUAACUUGCUUCAGUUCAAGGAUGCUGAUUUAAAUACGGUAGUUGUGGAUCACAGAAUCGUAUUCCUUGUCUUUUCAGCCCAAUUGAAUUAAUGUAUUAGCUUAAAACUGAUUGUAGGCCAACUUAAUGACCCUGUGGCAGAUGCACCUACACCUUGGACCUUGCACUUAAUGGUAUCUUUUUAAAAAAACCCAUCAAAGUGGGCUCUUUUUAGACAGCAUUGAUUAACUUGUGAAACAUGUAAUUAACAUUUAUCUUCUUACAUAUCACAAGCAGUUGUAAAUUAUGUAACAACAAAAGGCCAAAAGAAACAGUUGAACAACCCUGAUAAAAACAGAAAUAUUAUGAGCACGUGCAGAUAUUUUAAGCUCACCUAAAGCAAAGUAUAGCAUGACUUCAGGAAUAAAAUGGAGUUUGGUUCUGCUGCCUAAAUGCUAAAGACAUUGACUUGGGAAUAAGCUCCAUUUUGUUGUGUGUGUAGACCCUUUAACCACCCCCAAAAUAAAUUCAGACAUUCAAAUUUUGGUUUGGUUUUUGGCAGAAUUUAGGCCGCAACUUUAUUGAUUACAAUCAAGUGAGUGGUUGCAUAGGCUCUGGUUCGACUAGCUCCCUGCACCGUUGCAGGUAGCGUUGACCCAGGGCACACCAUAGGUCACCCAGCCCAGUGGAAAGCGGGAUCAAGCCAGUCCACCAGCCAGAUGUCCCCCUGGACUCAGGCUCAGGGCACAACCCCUCUCAGGGUUGACCAACCAAUGAGUCCCUGGAUUCCUUUAACGGAAUACCCAUCACAUAGGGAUGGCCAGACCAUUCUGCCACCCCUAUCACCUGAACCAGAGCCUAUCCGCAACCUUACAAGUUGUGACAAUUUGCUACGCGGGAGGCGAAACCCAAAUGGCACCAGCCAAGUGGGGAAAAUUCCUGCCAUGCCACUGUCCCAAGCCCUAAAAAUAGGGAGAGGUGCAGGGGGGUGUUCCGAUGCACUGACCCCAAAGAGGAAGCUCAGGGACACGUGCAUAGGCUUAAAUAGAAGUCCCUUGGUAGCAUUUAGCUGGCAUCCCAUUGGUCAAUUGCACCCAGCAUCGAGAGACCUCCAAUAGGGUGUUGUGGCCAUCCAAACGUUCCCACCCAGAACACAGGGUUUGGUUGCCAGGUCACACUGCAAUAUGUGCCCUCUUGUUAGGGAGGACUCGAUUUGUAGAAAAGGAUAACAUGUUUAAAUGAAAAGUAAUAAAAUAAGCAUUUGUAACUAUGUACAUGGCUGGCAGGACACCCCUUGUCUAUAAAAUGUUUUAUGCCAGGUUUAGCAUAAUGAUUUAGUCACUUCCUUUACCACCACCAAUAAAACAUAUUUUCUCCAAAUAAACUGAAGUGGUUUUGUGGUAGUGGACUUUUUGAGCCCUCAAUGGUUUUCCUCUCAGGAUAUCUCUAUCCUGGGAGGGAUAACCACUCUAUCCUGGGAGAGAUAACCAUUUCUGCAAUUGCAGAAAUGGCCAGAUUCAGCACAGAAAUACAGUGCUUUCUUGUGAAGUAUUACCUUUCUAUUGUAAUAGUAUUGAACAGCUGCAAAUUUCAUUCAGAAACCAGUUCAUAAGUUCAACAAUAUCUUUAUAUGUGCCAGUUAACCUUUUUCUGCUGGUAUGGGACCCAAAUUUCUUUGUAUUUGAGCAAGGUCAGAUGGUUUAAUUGAUUUAUAAGGCUUCAUAUUAGACUCUUGUGCUCAUGUAUAGUUUAUCCAAUGAAUACAGAGUGAUGCUGUGAUCUACUUGGGUUGUUGUACUUAUACAGUAGUUGAACUGGUUGUAUCCAGAGAUUAAGAACUGCUUUUUCCACUAACUUCCCUUCAUGGUUGUCUUAUCCAUAGAGGAAAAUGUGUGCAUAUUACGAUGGGAUAGUUCUUUUGUCUUGAAUAUGAGACUUGGCAAAUUAUAUACACAGUGGCUGCCCAGCCCAUGGAUACACAUGGUAGAAAUGCAUAUUUAUCCUGAAUUGCAAACAAUAUAAUAUGCAUAUUUUUAUUCUGAGAGGUUCCACCUUUUGUUGUAGCCCAAAAGUUUCCUAUGUGCAACAUGAUGGCUCGACUGUUUUAUGGAUCAAGCUUUUGCAUGACUUACUGCAUGCACCAAAAAUCAAAAGAGGGAGGCAUUGUUUUAAAGUAAAGCAGUGGUUAUUUCUAUGCAUUUUGAGAACUGUGUGCAGUGACUUUUGUCCUCUUCACCAGUAAACUUUUGCUAAACCAAUCCUGUGACAAACACUAUAUCCUAUAUCAUCACCUUCCAUUUUUCUCCAGUGAACCGCAUAAAUCAUUUACCAGCCUACUCCUCCAUGGCCCAAAUCAUUUUGAAGUUUAUUACCAUUGCCUCUUAAAUUGACAAUGAUUCGCCCCUCCACUUCGUGCCAUUAUCCUUUUCUUUAUCACCUUGCUACAUAUUUUUUUUCCAGACCACUGACACAAAAAGUGAAUAAAACCAGCCUCAAUAGUAAUCUUUAUAACAUUUUCCAAGAGAGCAACUUUCAUCCCCCAAAUGCAACGGAAUGAAUGUCAAAGAGAAGGUGGACUGGAUCCUGCCAUGCUUUAAAAAAAUCAGUUCACUGGAAACUCUAGGUUUAAACAAAAAUGUGGGAUAAAUUUAUGUUACACAGAAAUUAAAUAGAUCUGUGACUGGGGAAAGUCAAUUUGGGUUUCAGUUACACUUUCUUGGUUAUUCUUUGCAGUUUCUUCUGAGCAUGGGAAGUAAUGCUCUGUUCUCUUUGUAAAGCAUAGCUGUCAAGUUCUCCCUUUAUAAAAGGGAAAUUCCCUUAUGCUGAAUAGGCUUCCUCGUGAGAAAAGGGAAAACUUGACAGCUAUGUUGUAAAGUCAAUAGGAUUCUGUGUGUGGAAGCAGACAGAGAAACUGAAUGCUGGUUGAGGAAGAUCAGGAAGGCCAGGGAGAGCAAUGAGGCAGUUCUUUGAGGGAAUGCUUGCUUCCUGCGCCCAGUAACAGAAGCAGGAUUUGCUCACAACUUCUGACUCCCCAGAAGCAGUUAGCCUGAUAAAGGGUUUGGACAUGGGAAAGAAAGGGACGGCUUUCAGGUACGCAUCCUGCUCCUAUCCCUGUCUGCAGUCUUUACCACUCUUCCACUUCCCAGUGGGGACUUGUAUUCCUGCUUCCUUCGUAUCUGUCAAUUUGUCCUUAUACUGUUGUAUUUCAGAACUUUCUCUAUUUAGAUUAAAAAGGUAAAGGGACCCCUGACCAUUAGGUUCAGUCGUGACUGACUCUGGGGUUGCGGCGCUCAUCUCGCGUUAUUGGCCGAGGGAGCCGGUGUACAGCUUACAGGUCAUGGGGCCAGCAUUUCUGGCGAACCAGAGCAGCACACGGAAACGCCGUUUACCUUCCCGCCGGAGCGGUACCUAUUUAUCUACUUGCACUUUGAUGUGCUUUCAAACUGCUAGGUUGGCAGGAGCUGGGACCGAGCAACGGGAGCUUACCCGGUCGCGGGGAUUUGAACCGCCGACCCUUCUGAUAGGCAAGCCCUAGGCUCUGUGGUUUAACCCACAGCGCCACAUGCGUCCCCUAUUCAGAUUACUUCAAGGCAAAUUCGUACAAGGCUGAUGUCACAGUAGUCACCAAGAAGCUAUUAUUUGAUGAAUUGUCUCCUCUCCCGAAAUAGGAGGAAUGAUGAGGGACCAGCUGUCUUAAGUCUGGCAUUGCCCCACCAUCUCUUCAGCCUUGGAAUGUGCCGUCUGUAAUUUUAGUGACUGAAUUUGAAGAGUGCCAUCUCCAAGUAACCAAUGCAUUUACUGAGACAUGCUUUCCAAUCCAUUCUGCUAAAGAGCCAGGGGGCUGCUUUGGUAUACACACUGCCAUGCUGCAGAGGCAGAGGCAUGUAGCCAAUUGGACAUUAUACCACACACUAGCUAUAAUGGCUUAGAUCAGGUAACUUUUUAUGCUUGGAAACUGGGCAAGUCACAGUAGAGCUGGUUACAGCUGCACAGUCCAGGACUGCGCUGCCAGUUUAUAUGGAAAGUGACGCAGUUAUUCCAUCACACAUCACACUUUUUGCCAGCUGAAUCUAACACCCUUAUUACCAGCUGCUGUUACAAUGCGAAUAAAUUUUGGGUAUGAGAAUGAGACUAAAGAUUAGGGAGAAAAUAAACACACACGUCAAGAAGCACCCAGUAGACAUCCAGUGCAAUUAACAGCAUUAAUGAUUAGGAAGUUAAUAAUUUUAUCAUCCACUCCUCCUCUGUGAGCUAAGGGUUGUGUUCAAGUUAUUCAUGAUUUAGGUGAUAGCAUCCUCAUUUCCCACUGAUUAAGUGAAGAUGUGACUUGCUGUUACAUUCACUUGAAAUGUACACUUGAAAUCUGCCAUCCCCUUAACUGCCGAUUAUUAUUAUUUAAUGCAUGUACAUUUUAUUUUGAAAUUUCAUUUUGAAACCACUCUGAAUUUUUUAUUUUACACCAACCAACCAACCUUUAUUAGCAUACAGAGAAAGCAGUAUAAAACAAUCAACAAAUAAAAUUUGGCAUCUGUUCACAGGAGGGGAUACUAUGGGAGAAAACCAUACAGGCCUAGCAGGGUUAAAAAGAGCCAGUCUUAUGAUAACGUAGUUUUAUGGCUUUUCUCAGAUAGUCUGCUACUUCCUCCAUGCUAUCAUGCCUGCAGCUAUUCAAUAAAAAAGAAACCCUUUGGGAAUCAGAACAAUUUGACCACUCCUUCAGCAUGGGGCUUAAAAUUUGUUGCAGAUUACUACAUAAAAUAGACAGUGGAGUUUAUAUUACAUAAACUUUGCCUGGACAAGUAUAACGAUUUUGGAACACGUUGAUAAAAAUAUAGUGUGUUAUAAAUAAGCAUCCAUCUAUUUGAAUAAUAAUAACAUUUACAUACUUAUAUACCAGACAAACAUAUACCGUAUAUGGAAUUAUUGUUGUUUGCCUACAGAGUGAUGUAAUAUGCCUUUUCUUUUCUUUCUUUUUCUUUAUUCUUUCUCCCCAUUCUGUUCAAUUGAAAUAUUCUCAAUAAAAAUUAAUAAUAAAAAGUAUGGUCAUAAUUUCUGUAUAUUUGGAUUAUAAUUCAUGUGAUAUAAUGUAUGGAAAAAACUGGAAAUGUGAAUUCCUAAAUAUUUAAUUGAUUUGGCACAAAUCAUAAGUUUAGACAUACAAUUUCCGUAAAUUUAUAAAAAGGAUUCAGAUUUAGAGCAGCUGACUGAGAAACCAGAGAGAUGUUCGUGCUGAGUUAAUAAUGUUU